AUAGACGUUUGUUCAAGACACAGUUGGAAAUACAAAUGGGAUGGGAGUUUACUCUGUCCAAUGAUGUGAUUAUCUCUACAAAGCACACCGUGGUUUCACAGACCAUUUGCUCACCCCACAAGGACAUCAAAUCCACAAUGUUUCCUAUGCGUCUACUUCUACUGAUAUCUGGAACACUGGCUAUGAAUUGCUCAAAUUCAGAUGAUACCUUUUAUUUAAACACCACAACCGGGGAGAUUUCAAUGACAAUAAACCUGCCGAACAAGACUAUCACCAUCAACGAUAAAGCCGAGGAGGAUCUGAAAUGCUUUUGGUUCAUUGAAAGCUAUGUUGAGUGCACCUCAAUGAACUUGACCUCUAUUAACCUCACUGAGUGUCAGACGGUGCAGAUUUCUGUCGUCGAGAACUCAACCAGCAAGUUGAUCUUCAACAUAUCUUCCUCCAUGUGUGAGGUCACCAAGUGUACUGGGACAGCAAUCACUGCCCUGAUGAGAGAGAUACAAGACCAUCCCAGUGAGGGUCCAAAGGAUCUUAAAAGGGUCCUGAACAUGCGAAAUAUGUGUGCAGACCUGUUCAAAAAUGAUUGGACCAUGAGGAUGAUGUUUAUUGGCAUUGAACGGGGCCUGAUACACAACAUGAUGAACAUCUCAAUCACCGGAGAGCCUGUGUACUACGACCUCAGGGAUCUGGCUCUGACUGUGUUUAACCUAACCAACCUAACCAGUGCGGAUGACAAGAUGGUGAACAUAAAAGCCCCAGAGCUCCUCCCUGAGAACAACUCUUACAUUCCGGAAACAUGGAUCCCUAUUGAUGCACUCCAGAACAUCCCGGAGGAAAAUAGGAGAGUGGGCGUGGUCACCUAUAAAUCACCCAAUCAGUUCUUGGUUAAAGAGGAACUCGUGAGAACCAUGGCCAUACGGAUCGAGGUGGAUGGCGGCAGACAACUUGAGAACUUGAUCACUCCACUCAAGAUGAAGUUCAAAUUGCUUGACCCUAUAAUACCAGUGAAUUACAGCCUGUCGUGUCAAUAUUUCAAUGAAUAUGGGAACAUAAGCCUCCCAGACACUGUCUUUUGGAAGAUGGAUGGAUGCGUUACUAAGAUCAACGGCAGCGUGGUGGAGUGCCUCUGUAACCACGCUACGCCGUUUGCCGUGCUGCUGAUCGCCGACCUAUCUAUUGACGGUGUGCACUGGCAGGUCUUGUCUUACAUCAGCUACAUUGGCUGUGGCUUGUCGGCCUUCUUCACCGCCAUAUCCUUCCUCACCUACGUCAUCACCACGAACUCCAGGGCGGACAACGCCAACAGCAUCCACGUGUCACUGAGCGGGGCUUUGUUCCUGCUCAACACCUCUUUCCUGCUCAACGAGUGGGGGGCCAGUCUGGGCAUCAGGGGCGUGUGUGUCUUCAUUGCGGCGGCCAUUCACUACAGCCUCCUCAGCUGUUUCACCUGGAUGGCCAUUGAAGCUGUCCACCUGUAUCUCCUCCUGGUCAAGGUGUUCAACACCUACUACCGACACUAUAUGGCCAAGCUGUCUGCCAUUGGCUGGGGACUCCCUGGUAUCGUUGUGGGAGUUUCAUUGGCGGUCAAGGAUAUCAAACCGUUAUAUGGACCUACAGAAAUGACUAUGGCAGACACUAACCAGACAAAUACAAUCUGCUGGAUCACGGACAUCCCCUUCUUCUACAGUAUGAACCUGGCCUACUUCACCAUCAUCUUUGUCCUUAACUCUGGCAUUCUGUUAACGGUGACCACCCGGAUCUGCCAGCUGCAGCGCUAUGGCAGUAAGGGCAAGCCUGGGAAGGCAAGCCUGGCCUGGAAGGACAUCGGCACCGUCCUGGGUCUGACCUGCCUGCUGGGCAUCACCUGGGGCCUGGCCUUCCUCAGCUACGGCUAUGUCAACCUUCCCAUCCUCUACCUGUUCAGCAUUUUCAACUCCCUCCAAGGAUUCUUUAUAUUCCUAUGGAUCUGUGGCACCGCCAGGAAAGACAGGGAACGGGCGGCGAAUACCAAGAGCACAUCAGCAGCUCUGAACACCUCUACAGCCAAACCCAAGGAGGAGAUGUUCCCUGGGAACAACCCCUUACCAGUAAACAAUGUCUGUCCACAAUGGAGAUCACCCAUAUCUUCUUAGAUGGCAAGGGGAGUUUUGGCUUUUGUGUCUAAUGGCAUAUGCAUUGUCUCUUUCUUUCUCUUUCAAAUUGAGUUAUUGUUUCUACACCGGUUGUGUGCGUGUGAGUUCCUGUGCUGUGUGUUUUGGGCUUUUGUAGCCUUGUGGAUGGAGCAGAUGACUACGGGUCUCGUCCCGUGUAUUAACCAUCGUGUGCGUUUGUUAUUUAUUCAAGGUACUCCUCGCUCUUUUGUUUGGGUUUCAAUCCUGUAUCUUUGUUACGUGUUUGUUUGGUCUUUGUCCCCGUGCCUCUACACGGCACGCCGUAAUUUGAGGCUGAAUAUAAAAAACUAUUACGCAUUCCUGCACCUGUCUCCCGAAUCCAUGUAUACCAACGUGACAUGCAUUGUCUUCUGUAUCAUUCCAAUGUAUUUAUUGGGAAAGUGCUUUGAGGGAAUAAUUUUACUUGACGUGUACGUUGUUUAUGAUUAUCAACCUUCAUUAAAUAUCCGACUUCAAGUUGCAGAACUGACUGGUGCAUAAUUAGUCAGUGGCAAACCAAAGGAUUUAGUUUCCUGCAUACCAUUUAGUUUCCUGCAUACCAUUUAGUUUCCUGCAUACCAUUUAGUUUCCUGCAUACCAUUUAGUUUCCUGCAUACCAUUUAGUUUCCUGCAUACCAUUUAGUUUCCUGCAUACCAUUUAGUUUCCUGCAUACCAUUUAGUUUCCUGCAUACCAUUUAGUUUCCUGCAUACCAUUUAGUUUCCUGCAUACCAUUUAGUUUCCUGCAUACCAUUUAGUUUCCUGCAUACCAUUUAGUUUCCUGCAUACCAUUUAGUUUCCUGCAUACCAUUUAGUUUUCUGCAUACCAUUUAGUUUCCUGCAUACCAUUUAGUUUCCUGCAUACCAUUUAGUUUCCUGCAUACCAUUUAGUUUCCUGCAUACCAUUUAGUUUCCUGCAUACCAUUUAGUUUCCUGCAUACCAUUUAGUUUCCUGCAUACCAUUUAGUUUCCUGCAUACCAUUUAGUUUCCUGCAUACCAUUUAGUUUCCUGCAUACCAUUUAGUUUCCUGCAUACCAUUUAGUUUCCUGCAUACCAUUUAGUUUCCUGCAUACCAUUUAGUUUCCUGCAUACCAUUUAGUUUCCUGCAUACCAUUUAGUUUCCUGCAUACCAUUUAGUUUCCUGCAUAAACUUUUUCACACCGCCUCAUCAUUAUUAGUUUCACAAUCAAUCACUUGAUUUUCUAACUCAACUAUGGAAAGUGUGUUGCAAUCUGGUAAUGUUUUCUACAUUUGAACUAAUAUCACUUCUGCAGAAAGUGUCUCACUGGGAGCACUAGGUUCUCAAAUGCACACACGAUUGUCCAUUUGCAUAUGAUUGUGAAACAGAGACAUCCUCUUUUCUAGCAAUUUUCUGGUGAGUGUCAGAAUGAGUCUUAGAGAUGCUGAGAAAUGAUUAUUGAUGAUUUUUCUUAAAUUGUAUGUGGAGACGUCUUAUGAACAGUAUGUUUUUAAAAUGUAUAUUGUCUAAUAAAUAUAAGUGUUGUAUUCAUUA